AUGGAACUCAUGGAGCUUGUCGAGAACGAGCCCACUGCUCGCCCCUUCCAGUGCGACUGGCAGUCGUGCAACAAGAGCUUCAACAGGAAGUCUGACUUGCAGAGACACUACCGCAUUCACACCAACGAGCGUCCUUACUCCUGCACAACGCCCGGCUGUGGCAAGAGCUUCAUCCAACGAAGUGCUCUCACUGUCCACAUCCGCACCCACACGGGAGAGAAGCCUCACCAAUGUCAGCACAUUGGCUGUGGCAAGCGAUUCUCUGAUUCUUCGAGUUUGGCCAGACAUCGCCGCAUCCACACUGGCAAACGCCCUUACAAGUGCGCCCACGAUGGCUGCCUGAAGAGCUUCUGCCGCAAGACCACCAUGGUCAAGCACCAGAGAAGAUCUCACCAACGUGGUCUCCACCCCAACGAGCUUUUGGACGACUGCACAUCAGACUCCGACAGUGGCGAGUCCCCUUCAACCCCGAAGCACGCCGGCAUGCAAUGGCCUCCUCAAGGCGUGAUGGCCAUGAACCAUCCCGGUAUGGGUCAUGCCAUGCACCGAGCUGCCUCAUUUGCCGACUUCGGCCAGCACAUGAACGGUUACCCGAUGCCUCAACAGCAGCAACAGCAACACUACGGCGCGCACCGUCAUAGCCUUUCUUCCGGCGGAGCACACGAGGUCCAAGGUAUGGUCCACGAGCAGCAACACCCCGGUGUACACAUGCUGCAGCGAACCGCCAGCAUGGGCCAGCACUCGUACUACGUGACGGAGCAGGGCAACCCGGGGGUCGCUACCAUGAACACGGCCAUGCCCCAGCAGUACGGACAAGUGCCCCGGCAACAACAGCCGCAGGUUGAUGUACCGUACUCUCAACCUGGUAUGAACCAAUCCAUCCAAAGCAGCCCGAGCAGCUUCUCGGCCGCAUCGGGUAGGAGCCCAUCCAUGCAGGAAGGGUUUUAUACUCACCAGCCAACCCAAGCAGCCACGUAUGCCUUGCAUCAUGCCUCCCCCGUCAUCGAGCAACAACAAGCCGGCAUGGUCCCGUACCCGCACCAGCAGAUGCAGCAGCAGAUCCAUACCCCCCAACCGAUCCCGACUCAGGCACCGCAGCCUCCGCCUCAGCAAGUCAGCCAGUACGCCUCACCGACACCCCAGGCCCAGCCCGAAGAGUACUGGAACGGCGUCCCGUACCAGGCACCGGUCGAAGUUGCGACGAUCGGCCAGCUGCCGACCUACGGCUCCGGCGUGUACGACCCCUGGGGCGGCCCCAAGAUCGAGUUCGAGGACCCUUCAAUGCAGCUCCCGUCCGCACGGAUCGAGAACAUGUAA